AAAAGACGAUAUAUACGAUCUGUCAGUUUGUUUUGUUGUUGUUUUGAUUUUAUAAUUGAAGUAUUUUUAUAUGUUUUGGUUAUGAUGCUUUGCAAUCUGCGAGUUUUCGAUUAUUUAUUUUCACCAUAAAGAUAUUUAAUGGAUAGUUGGCAAUGAUGAUUCCAUAUGGAAAAUUUUCGUCACUUCAUAGCAGGAUGGGGCGCUGGUAUUUUUGGUGUACUAAUAGGUCACCCCAUGGAUACGAUCAAAACUCACCAACAGAUGUGUAAUCAUAAAUUAUCAACGAAAGACGCCGUGAAACUGAUAAUAAAGAGAGAUGGAAAACUAGGAUUAUACAAAGGAAUGCUAUUUCCUUUGGUAUGCUCGGGUUGUUUAAAUUCCAUCUAUUUUGGCGUCUACGACAUUUUCUUGAGACAUCUCCAAUCCCUGCGUGGCAACAGCAAAGUCCUUCCGACCAAUACUGGCUGGCUGCAAGAUCUUUUUAUAGCUGGAAUAAUCGGGGGCACGGCCCAAGCUUUGAUAACAUGCCCAAGCGAACUAAUCAAAAUAAAGAUGCAAGUGGGAAAAGGUAUAGCGGAUAAUGACAAAGGACUGUGCAAAAGCAAAGUUACAAGGAGAAAUUUAAGCACGUUUCGAGUUUUAGUGGAUAUUUAUAGGCAGAAUGGAAUCAGAGGCUUUUUCGUUGGAUUUGUACCAACAGUUUGGAGAGAUGCACUUGGUGGCGGAGCUUACAUUUUAUCUUACCAAUGCACGCGACAUUACAUGCACGGCGAACUAAAUCCGUCGCCUGGAUUGUUUGAAACGCUAGUAGCUGGUGGAUUAGCUGUAAGGAUUUCGAUGAUUAGGUAUCGUUUCGUGGAUUCCCGUGACACCGUUCGACACUAUCAAAUCUAGAAUGCAAGCGGAUGAUUUUCGAAAUCCAACGUACAAAGGCAUGAUUGAUUGCAGUAUGAUUCUGUACAGACAUGCCAGCUAUCAUGGAUUUUUCAAAGGCUUUUGCAUGAUUACCGUCCGGUCUAUACCGGUGAAUGUGUCGAUCAUAUAUGGCUACGAACUUAUCCUGUGGCUUUGCAAGCACUUUGACAAGUCGGCCAAUAUGAAACGCGCGUGAAUAUCAACAAAUAUACGUAUGCGUUACUUACCGUGUUCGUACGAUGAAAAAUAAAAUGUCGUUGAUUAACAUAAAGAGAUAAUGAUUUUGUAUUGGUUCAUAUAAGCUCUAUGGAACAAACAUAUCCUACAGCAUUGAAUUCCACUGUGUUUAUUUUAAAUCUUUUGUACAGCGAGCUCUGCGAAUUCACUUACGAACAUUAAAACUAAUGGUAAAUGAUAAAAAUAUAUAUAGUAAAUGUAAAACAUUUCUUUCUGGCUUCAUCAUCUAGCUUUAAUUCGUAUUUGUACGCAAAUAAGCGAUGUGAAAAGAAAUCACAGAGUAAGAAGUAACGAAACACCUAUUUACGCGUAUCCCAUUCGCAGUAUAGACUGAUUUUUGUUUCCUACAUUUACGGGAUGUUACAUCAUUUACAAACCAUAACGAUCGACGUAAAGACCGUAUACUAAGUUUCUCUCACGGGGAGCAGGCCGAGAAAGCAGUGCCAAAGUCAAAGACGAUAAAAGAAAAAAACAGAAAAAGAACGUCAUACGCCAAGUUAAUUAUUUUAUUUUUUUAGUUUUUUCUUUCUCGUCGAUGAAAGAGACUUAUUUACUCAUUAUUAUUAUUAUUAUUAUUAUUAUUCUUUUUUUAAUUUUGCGAAUGACCUUUCGGUCAACGACUAUUCGUGAUAACGUGAGCAAAUAAUCACUUCUGUUUAUUCCCAUCUAUUUAUUAUUAAUAUUAUUAUUCAUUCAUUCAUUAUUCGCUAUUACUAUCAUUAUUAUGCAUUGGUAAGAAAUGUUUAAAAACGAUCCCACGUACACUUUUAUGGUGGCCGGUGGGAGCACAGCUCCGAAUAAAUCUUAUGCAUUGUAUCUCUAUUAUUUAUUAUAUUUAUAAGCAACCAUGGAUAUUUUGGUACAAUUGAAUUUUUAUUGUAUAUAUUUGUCCCUCGCUUCUUUUAUUCUUCUUUUUUUUAUUUAAAAAACAACAUAUACUUUUUACGUUUAUCUUUCUCUCGCUAUCGUUCGCUCUCACUCUCUCUCUCUCUCUCUCUCUCUCUCUCUCUCUCUCUCUCUCUCGCUCACUCUCUUUUUUUU